GAGAUGGCGGCUGGGGAGCUGGGGCCUUUGGGCGGCUACUACUUCAGAUUCCUGCCUCAGAAAACCUUCAAGUCUCUGAGCACGCCGGAGACCACCAGCCGGCUCCGCCAGUGGUCCAUGCUGGGUAGAAUCAAGGUGCAGGCGUUCGGGUUUGACCAGACGUUUCAGGUUUAUCGGAAGGAUGAUUUCGUUAUGGCUUUUUUUAAAGAUCCAAAUGUUAUUCCCAAUUUGAAGUUACUUUCAGAUUCUUCUGGACAGUGGAUUACAUUAGGAACUGAAGUGAAAAAAAUUGAAGCUAUAAACGUUCCUUGCACACAGCUUUCAAUGUCAUUUUUUAAUCCGUUAUAUGAUGAAGAUAUUGUACGAGAGAAUGGACAUAUUGUUAAAUGUUUAGAUUCUUUUUGUGAUCCCUUCCUUAUUUCUGAUGAAUUACGAAAAGUUUUGCUAGUGGAAGACUCAGAGAAAUAUGAAGUAUUCAGCCAACCAGAUAGAGAAGAGUUCCUGUUUUGUCUUUUCAAACAUCUUUGCCUUGGUGGAGCCCUUUGUCAAUAUGAAGAUGUGCUUAAUCCAUAUCUGGAAACAACAAAGCUUAUCUAUAAGGAUCUAGUGAGUGUUCGAAAGAAUCCCCAAACCAAGAAAAUACAAAUUACCUCUUCUGUCUUUAAAGUUACAGCAUAUGAUUCUGUUGGUAUGUGCUACCCUUCAACAAAGAGUCACGAACAAACAUUCUCUUACUUUAUUGUGGAUCCUAUCAUGCGUCAUGUUCAUGUUUUAUACCACUGUUAUGGCGUGGGGGAAAUGUCUUAAUUUUUUUUCAGAUUAUCUAUAUUUAGAUAAUUUUUAUUACCUAUUUACCAGUUUUCAAUUUUAAUACUGAUUUAUGGAUAAACAUUUACUUUGCAAGUUAAUUCAAGUAAAAUGUAAAGAAGCUGCUUAGAGCAAAAGAAAACAAAUACCAAGAUGCCUUUCUUUAAAUUUAUCUGGAAUACUAACACAGGAACCAAAUUUCAUCCCUAGCAUAAUCUACACCAAUACAGUUAUGGAAUUUUUACGGAAAGUUACAAAGAACUAAAAAUCUAGUUCAUAUUUGUUGCAUUAAGAUUCGAAUGAGUCCUCAGUUUUCCAUUUAUUUUAUUUUAGAACCAAAUUAAUUCUGGAUUGAAAUUGUGACAGAAAACUAAACAUCUCUAACCACUGAUCAUUAAUAUGAAUCAUUAGCUUUUAAAAUUUGAGUUUCAUUUAAUUACGUUUCUUCACUGCAUAAAGAUUUACAUCUCUGGAGCUGUGGAAAACAUAACAAUUCCUUUAAUUCAUUUGUCCCACUUAAAAUCCUCAAUAAAAAAAUAAUGUUCUGAACAUAA